AUGCUAUUUUGGCUUGGAGAAAGUUCUACAGGAUGGAUCAAAGAUCCCCUUGCCCGUCUAACAUUUGCAUCGCCCAUCACAUCUCACGAUAUAAAUCAACAAACACGAUCCCCGAAUCGAUUGGACGUGAUAAUAGCUUUCAAGACGUCUGAUCUUGUUUGGUUGGAGGCAAUUUCUAUGCGAUACUCUCGAAUCAAUAAAGCGGGUUGCAUCAAUGACGCUCCCAUCACAUCCGUACGUUGGUUACCGGGAAGUGAAACACUUUUCCUCACAACGCACAAUGAUGGAACAUGCACCUUGUUUGAUAUCACAAGAGAUGAUAGCACAACUGGUUCUUGGGCUCCGGCCAUACAUGCUUGGGAACCAAGUUCAGGCAUCUUGGUCACAAGACCUGCAGCAACGGAAAACGAAACGCAAAGAAAGGCAUGGAUGAAACUUAAUCCGGUCGCACAUUGGCGUAUUGCUCGAAAUAAAUCUAUAACCGAUAUGGCUUUCUCUCCCGAUCAUACAAAGUUGGCAUUGGUGUCAACCGAUGGCUCUCUUCGACUAGUGAACCUUUUGACAGAAUCUUUGGAAGGUACCUUUCAAUCGUAUUAUGGAGCGAUGAAUCGUGUGAUAUGGUCACCUGAUGCAAAAUUUUUGCUUACUGCCGGCUGUGAUGAUUUGAUCAGUAUUUGGACAAGUGAUGGUCGCUUACUCAGUAGAUGUCCGGGUCAUUCAAGUUUUGUGACGGGAAUCGCAUUCGAUCCAUGGAAAUGGAAGGUAGAAGAUCGAACGUACAGAUUUGUCAGUGUGGGUGAAGAUGGUAGAGUGUUCUUGUGGGAUUUCUCUAGUGCGGCAUUGCAUAGACCUCGA